AAAGAACCCUAGAUCUUGUCCACGAACGCUCCGUCUGUGCACGAUAAGCACGCAGAACGCCUUAUCGCCCCACCACACAUGUCAAUUGGGUCGCGUUCCUACUCGUCUCGAGAUAACGUGCCAUCCUCUCUCCAUCCAUGUACCUACGCAGUACGUAGACACAGCAACAUCGCCGAAACCAUCCAUCGCCUCGCAGUCCGAAUACUCGAAAAGUUCCCACCAUGUCCCAAACCAUGUUUUCAAUCCAGUCAGGCGAAAGGGAAGCGCCCAAGGCCGUCGCCAAUCUGCUCCCUUGCCGCAUCCACCACGAGGGACCCGUGGGCUCAACAGACUCCUUCUGGAAGCCCACAACUACACCACCAAAAAGCUCAGGCUCAUCGUCAUCUCCUACUGCCCCGGAAGGCGACAAUCAGACAGCGUAUUUUCGCGGAAGAAAACUACAAGGCCGGACCGUGAGGUUACCAGAGGGAUAUCGAGGCGUGGUGGUAGAGAAACAGCCCGAGGAACAACCAGCGGAAAGAGAGGCAUGGCACCACUUUGAAGAGAUGGAUGGCGAUGAGCAGAAGGAAGAGGCAGAAAAGGAGAAGCAGGGAGUUAUGCGAAUCACAGCCGAGUUUGACCGAGUGGUAGUAUGGGGACACGAAUCGACGGCGAACGCGGAGACGGAUCCGCAUGUGAGAGGCAUAGAAGAGUGGGUGCAAGUAGCCGAGAGGAUACACUCCUACUAGUCAGGGGAGAGGAGAAAUGAUAAGAGAGAGAAAGGCAUCCUCUUUCCUAUGCGGCUGGAUUUUUGUCCUCGUCGGACUCCUUACGUCUCGGUCAGGUCUCGGUGACAUUGUAGGUACUUCGUACUGGUACUCUGUACGAAGUGCAUACUGACCUAAGCCAAACUCG